AUGGGACGAUGCAUGGGAUACUUUGAGGCUGCCAGGGGGCUGAGGCAAGGAGAUCAUAUGUCUCCUUUGCUUUUCCUCCUUGGUAUGGAAUACUUAUCAAGACUCCUGAAAAAAGCAGGGAGCAAAGAGGAGUUUAAAUACUUUCAGAGAUGUAAAGAUCUCAACCUUAACCACUUAUGUUUUGUAGAUGAUGUGAUUCUUUUCUGCCAUCGAGAUUUCAGAAGUAUCUAUUGCAUGUUGCAAGCCUUGAAGUUGUUCUCUUGCUCUUCGGGAUUAGAGUCGAGCCCUUCAAAAUCUGCCAUAUACUGUUGUGGUAUGGAAGAAAGAGAGACUCAAAGAGUGGUGGACAUCUCAGGUUUUUGUAAGAAAGAGACUCCAUUCAAAUAUCUUGGCAUUCCUAUAUGUGCUAAGAGAAUCUCAAGCAAAGAAUGUGAAGUAUUGGUAGAGAAAAUGACAGCAAGAAUUAGAGUUUGGAGUUCGAGCAAUAUUUCAUAUGCUGGCCGAGCUGUAUUAAUAAAUUCAGUUCUUGUAGGGCUAUUUGUAGCCAAAUCGUGA